CUCUACACUCUCCCUUUCACCCGUGGGUUGUGGGGUGUAUUCACAGCUAGAUUCGUUGUCGCUGAACAGAUGCAGCGGUAGAGCGACCGAGUGGGAAGAGCCACGGUAUUGAGAAUGAUGAUAGGGAAAGCGGGGGGCCGACGUGGGUGGCCCGCUAACACUGGAGUUGGAGGAGGAGUUGCCUAGGUGGGUACGUGCGGCUUAUGGCGGCGGCGGCGGUGGCGGCGGCGGGGACAGAAUCGUUACAUGGAGCUUGCAAAGAGAGGCGUUUUGCUCAUGAAUCCGAGAAAGCAGCUCCACGUGUCCUCCUUCAAUGCUUUGCCCAAUCUCUCGUGAGUGCGCAGGUGCCCUCUUGUACGAUGACUGCCGAUUCUGUAUUUGUCCUGAUGGACUGAUUGAUGCUUGAUAUCCUCUGGGUGUGAAACGCCGUUCUCUAAUUACACAAAUUUCGUCGGUGAGGUGUUACUUUCUCUGCAGCGAUGGCGUCCACGCACAACUUAUAUGCCCUGUUGGGCGACGAGGAGAACGAAGAUCCGGAAGCCGUCCUUGCCCGUGUUACUGCCCUAAAAGAUGUUGACAUUGUCCCUACUAAAUCUGCUCCAACGAAGGACCAGCGCAAUCAACAAGGAAGCGCGAAGUCUCGGGCUCUAGAGUCGUCCCACAAAGAUUCAGGAAAUGCGAAUGCCGCACGUGGCGGGGAUCAGUACGAGGGGGGAGGAGGGGGAGGCGGUCGUGGAGGCCGCGGCGGUCGCGGCCGUGGUGGCCGUGGAGGCUAUGGUGGUGGUUAUGGAGAUCGUGAUGGUGGUGGACGUGGCGGGUAUGGGGAUAGGGAGGGGGUUGGUCGUUUUGGUGACCGUGAAGGUGGGCGUGGGUAUGGCGGUCGUGGUGGCCGCUUUGGCGGGAGGGGUGGUGGGGGUCCCGGCGGCGGUGGUGGUGGCGACAGGGAUAACGAGAGAGAAAACGACUCUGGGCUUGUUGAGCGCGAAGGCGGCGGCGGCUACGGCGGCGGCGGUUAUGGUGGUCGUGGAUACGGGGGUGGAUAUGGCGGCGGCUAUGGCGGUCGCUUUGGAGGUGGCGGCGACUUCGAUGGUGAGCGUCCGGGAGCAGGUGCGCAGGAUGGUUUCGUCGGCGAAGGUCGAUCGGAUCGAUUUUACGACGGCGGGCGCGGCGGAGGCCGAAGGUUCUAUGGGCGAGGAAGAGGUGGUAGAGGCAGAGGUGGUGGUUUCUCAGGGGAGGGGGAAGAGGACGGCCGCCCACCGAGGCGAGACUUCGACCGCCGAAGCGGCACUGGCCGUGGAUUUGAGAUGCGUCGUGGUGGCGCUGGCCGUGGAAACUGGGGAGUGGAAGGCGACCAGGGAGCAAACCUGAACGUGAAGGCAGAGGAGGCGGAGCAAGAGAGCGAAGCCCCACCGAAGGAACCUGCCAAGGCAGAGGAGACGGAAGCUCCUGCUGGGGAAGAUGGAGAGACCACGAAUGCUGCUCCAGCUCCUGCUGCUGAAGGCGAAGAGAAAGCGCAGACUACCGCUCAGGAGGAUGCCGAACCGAAGAAGGAAGAACCAGACGAGAUGACGCUGGACGAGUACGAAAAAAUCAAAGAGGAGAAGAGGCGCAGUCUACUCGCCGCCCUCAACAAGGGAGGAGACGAUAAAGAAAAGAAGACUGUCGCCCAGGCGGAUAUCAAGGCUUUCGAGAAUAUGGGACUUGUGGAUAAGUCGUCGCACUACGAUGAAGAAGAAGAGAGGUACACAUUGAAGAGCGUGCCCAAGGAAACCACCAAGGUGAAGAAGCAGCCCGUCGAGAAGAAGGAGGUGCCUCAGGAGGUUCUUCCUAAGAAAUCCAUUCCAAUUCACGAGUUCUUGCGUCCUGUCGAAGGCGAUUCCGCAUCGUGGAGGUAUUCCGGCGCAGGAGGUUUCCGCGGACGCGGCGGACGAGGUCGCGGAGAAGGACGAGGGCGUGGGGAAGGCGGCGGCGGCGGCGGCGGCCGCUUUGGCGGACGUUUUGGAGGAGGUAGGUUCGGCGGGGGCGGCGGCGGUGGUGGCGGCGGCGGUGGAUACGAGAAUAGCUACGGGGAACACCCUCCUGCUAUCGACGACCAGGCCUCCUUCCCGACCCUUGGCGGUGGAGCUUGAAGCUUCAACCUGGAAACCUACAGUACGGAGUCGGGUGACAAGCGUGCAAUUGUGACAUGACGGAAUGGUAUGGCUUUCUGUGAUCUUCAGUUUUAUCAUGGGUGUUCGAUAUGUAGGGCUGCUCGUUCCUGGUAUUUCCUUCGUGUCAUCUGCGCGCUGCUGGUUUGUUGCACGACCUACGCAUAAAAAAAUACUAUCGGAUAAAACGCUGGUAAGCCACUAUGAGGUAAAACGUUGGGAGGGUUGUUUUGUAAUUUUGUUUGCAUGUAUCUUGCCUCUUCCGGUGGUCGAAUGGCCGAUCGGACGCAGGUCGGGAGUGUGGUAGGGGAAGAUCAUUGUCCUUUGCGGCCCUUUUUGAUUUCCCUCUCUGUCGAGUGUGUCCAUUCCCCUCCCCCCCGCCCCCCCCUUUCAUGUUUUCCUUCCCUACGUGGUCUGGUCUGAGUUGUUGCUUAGGUUAGGACAAAGAUUUCCGGUUCGAGAACGGAGACGGACAUUGUGAAUCUGAUGCCUUCCAUUGUGGUGGGGAAGCAGAGGACGAGAGGUACUCUGUUCUUGGAGUAGCGUUCUCAUUUGUUUUAUUAUCCAUCGAAAAUGUGGAGUGUUCUCCCAUGUGCUGCUGCGGAUGGAUGUGGCAAUCGAUAACCGAGGUGAUAGUUUAGAGUGAACUGAAAUGAAGGUAUACUCUGACAUGAAAUGGAUUUCGUAAUGUGGAGCAGAGGAGGGAAGAGUCGAACGGCCGAGCAACUGAGCUCUCCUAGGAGAGCUUGCUGGCCGCUAUAUUCCAUUCUUUGUUCUCUUUUUGAGCGAGUAGGGUUUUUAGGAUCGCAGAGGUCUUUUUUCUCUCUUUGGCGUGCCUUCUUGCGCCCUGCUGAACCUUUCGUUUCAUUUGGGUUUUGGAUUGUUCUGAUAAGGGGGUUCUCGGGUCAGGUACAGAGGGGGAGGAGAAUCACCCGUUUCCGUGGGGCGUUCGUGGGAGAAGGCGAGCAGACAAAAAGUCCUUGUCCUGUAUUGAUUGUCUGGCAGAAAUCGUUGAUGGGGGAAAGAGGGAGGGGAGGUGGAAAAGGCGGCGUAAAGGGGGGGCGUUACUGUUAGAACGAUUUUCGGGGGCGCUCAGACGCGCGUGCACGACUCGAUAGAUAAUUUUUGAAGGUGUGACUUUCUUGUUGGCUUGUUUGUAUCGAUCGAAUUGCGGGUGUGUUUUGCGACGAGUGCAUUCUCUUGUCUCGUUGGGUGUCUCUCUGUCCGUGUGUUUGGGGCGAUGGCCAUUCUUUCUUUAAGUCCUUUUAAUGACCGCGCAAUCUGUGUAUGUUGGUGUUUAGCGAGUGCGACAUGGGUAACGCUCACAGCAAAUGGUGCCCCCAAAGAAAAUUUCGAAUGUCUUUUUUUCCCUCCCUCGACGUUAAGGUGAGUCUAUGUGUCGUCUUUCUUGCAAGCAAUGUCGUCGUGUUGUUUGGUUUGGUCCAUACCGAAAAUCCCUAGGUGUUUGAUACACAGUUGGUGCUGUUUAUAUAUCCCUCAAUUCGAGAGAAAAGCUAUUUGCAGGAACGUUGUAGCUAUCGUUCUCUUCUGUUGUUAUUGCAGUCUGUAGUUCCUGACUGUGGUGGAAAUCUUACGUUGCCUUCGCCAGUCGCACGAGAAUCGUUUGCCCUUGUGUUUGUUGUUGAUCUACAUCCCGGGACCGUUAUCAUAUUGAAGGGUUGCAGACGUGCAGUUUUGGUUGUGUGCGGUCUGGAGUUGCAAAACCUAACCACAAAUGUCUCUAUAUGCGUGCUGCACAUAUGGAAGGUAACGGCGAGGUAUCACGAAUCUUGGGUGCCGCGUCAGGCUGCGGGUGCCGAGAGGAUCAUGUUGAUUAUUAUGGCGCAGGUGUGGAAAGGUCGUGGGAUCGAGGUCUCUCAGCAAGAUGCGUGUAAACCUCUG